AUGUGGAUGAUGCUCCAGCAAGAAAAGCCGGAUGACUAUGUGGUCGCGACGGAGGAGUCGCACACGGUGGAAGAAUUCUUGGACGUGGCGUUUGAGUUUGUGGGGGCGGCGGAGAUCGACAACUUGGAGGGAGAUGCGACUAAGGUCAAGAAGGUGCUGGGUUGGAAGCCCAUGGUUGGGUUUGAGAAGUCGGUGAAGAUGAUGGUCGACGAGGACAUUGAACUGGGUAAGAGAGAGAAGGUUCUUGUUGAUGCUGGGUACAUGGAUGCUCAGCAACAGCCCUGA